AUGGACCCUAGUAUUCUCGCAGCCAUGGACAAAGAAGCACUCAAAAAGCAGAUUGAAAACAUGAAGUACCAAGCGUCUAUGGAACGCUGGCCGCUUUCUAAAAGCAUUGCAGCGAUGAGGGAGUAUGUGGAAGAAAACGAAAAAAACGAUCCACUCAUACAUGCCCCCGACAAGAAAAACAACCCUUGGGCUGAAAAAGGGAAAUGCAUCAUUAUGUAA